AGACAUAAAUUUAACAUUCUCUACCAGAGGGCAGCAACAUCAGAAGUGUCUAAAAUGGCGGGUGUGCUGUUCGAGGAUAUUUUCAACGUAAAAGACAUCGAUCCAGAAGGGAAGAAGUUUGACAGGGGUCUGAGCUAUAAGAAGGAAGCCAGAAGGAUUGCUAAAAUUCCACGCGGUUCGUCCUGAGCUAAUUAAAAGAUUUCUCAUCCUCCGUCGAUCUUCCUCGAUCAAAGAAAAUAAGAGAGGCCCUUGGUAUUAAUUGACACUUGGAAAAACUAGUAACCCAAAGCUAAAAAACAAAGAAAGGAAAAAAAAAGGGCCGAUAUCCAAGGAAACAACAUAACAAAAGAAGAGGGAAGGGAGGGAAAAAUGAGAAGGGAGAGGGAGAGGGGAAAUAGUGAAAUGGUUGCAUGUAGUGUGUAUUUGAUGAUCGUCGCGUAGUUGGAAUUAAAAGCUUCGGCAUGGAAGAAGAAGAAGAAGCGAGAAAGAGAAAGAUAGGAAGGCUAACUGUGCGCGAGCUGCGGGGAAUGGGGGUGCGGGAGAUGCGUCACCGGGGAGGUGGUGGCUACCACCCUCGCCCUCCGUGGCUCUUUUGAAGGUCAAGGUUUCCCGCCCCUCUCUGUCUACAUACGUAUACGUAUACGUGUGUACGUGUGUGUGUGGCGGGCAAGAAGAUUACGAGGGGGUUAGAAGGGGGGUUGCAGGCGUAGAAGUGUUGGUGAACAAGGACGAGGCGAGGGGUAGAUCGGAGUAUGCGUGGGUGGCCGGGGGUGUGUGCCAGGGGUGGCGAGAGCCCGGUGCCCAGUAUUUAUAGCGCUUGCGAACCGGUCGAUAGCGGAUAGCGACACUGCGCAGUUGGGAAGCCCUCGUACCGAACUCCAAACCCCCUUCCCACCGCGCCUACUCUCUCCAUUCCGUCCUUGUCCCUCGCUAUCUCUCUCAGAGCCUAGCUUCGCGUUCACCCUUUACCCGACCUCUUACUUGCUCGGCCACCCCUUUCGUAUCAAGGCUUUUUCCUCCCUCUUUCUUGUGUGUACAUUUUCCAUCUUCCUCUUUUUUCUUCUUUUUUCCCCCCUUUUUUCUCUUUCUCUCUCUUUCUUUCUCCUGCCUCUGUGUUCCGUUCUAUCAAUCUUCCCUCUUUAAACUUAAUUUUUUUUCCCGUAAUAUCGCAAUAGGCGAACAGAGAAAGGGAAAAAGAGAGAAGAUUUUCCUCCGGGAUAUUAGUCAUGGAUAUAUAACACGGUGGGAUGUACCGCUGCGGGGGACGCGGAAUGGUCGAUAUUGAUAUUGAUUGGAAGUUUUUAACGGCCGAGAGUUUAGAAGUUGCGCCUUACCGAGCGUCACGGAGAGAAAUCGCCAUGGAGAUCAUGUUUCGUCCGAUGGAUCGGGCAAUCGCGUGACCGGCCGAAUGUUUUCAGGUUUCCUCGCUAAAUUACCUCGGUUCUAGAUCUGUUCUCUUUAUCUGGAGUAUUCUUUCCAGUCCGAAAUUAAGAACCUUCUCGUUUCUUUUCUUCUUCGUUUCGUAAUCGGCCAGUGUCCAGGAUGAAAAAAGACAUUAUGAAAACAUUGUUCGCGCUCUUGGAAACGGGCGCGUCUCUCUUAAGCGGCGCGUAGUGGUCGUGUAUCGUCCGUUUUAUGCGCAUCCUAAGUAUAGGAAGCUCCAGUCUAUUUUCGCGGUAAUUCAUGAUAUACGCUAUCGGAAAGUAAGCGUUGACUGAUGGCGCUAAAUAAAGCCGACGGAUUAUCGAGUGGAAGACUAUUAUAAGUAUCAUUCGACACGUUUGUGCAUACUGAUUGGCGAGAAAAAUAGUUAAUGGGCUUAGCGGAGAGGAGUUAAAUAACAUUAACAAAUUAAUAACCUCCAUUUAUAAACUUUUUUUUUUUUUUUUGAAAAAUGGAAUCUGUAAUUCUUCAAGAUAAGCUUGAUACGCGAAUAGGGUAAUCGGAAUUCAUCUGUAAUUAAAAAUUAUUUUUCUAAAAAAUUAGCAUUAAACGCAUUUUAUCUGAAGAUUUAUUAACUGUAUUUAAAAUAUUCACGUUCGUUUUUCACGGAUAAGCCUGGAAGUGAGAAAUUGAUUAAGGAUAAUUGAAGAAAUAAAAAAAGGAAUAGAUAAGAAAAAAGAUCGAAGCUAAUGGAAAAAGAAAAACUGGGAAUAGGAAUCUCGACAGACAGAAAAGCGAGAGAAAGAAAAAACAGAGAUGAGUGUAUCGUUAGAUAAAGAAACUUGUCUGGGGGAAAAAAGCACGAGAAAGCGAAAUAUUAACGUAUGUACCUGCUACAGAAAGCAGGAGGGAGAAAGAUGAAACGGAAUGGUGGAAGAUGACGAAACAGAGGUAGAGUAUGAGUGAAACAACGAAGAGGAGAAAAGGGAGGUCAGAGGGUUGCCGAGCACCGCCCCUAUCAUGGUGGGGGUGGAUCUAUUGCCAUCUUCGUCCGGCAUGCCAGGAGGGUUGGUAUCCCUACUCGUCGCCUUCACCAUGAACCAGGAAAAGACAGUCUUUCAAGGGGAAGAAUAGACAAGGAUAAGCGAGGCGUGGGCGUUUCUAUAGAGGAAGAUGGAAGCUGCUUAACACGAGAGAGAGGCAAGAUGGUUGGUGAUCGGUGGCUAGAUAGGAAAAAGAGGGAUAGAGAGUGAAAAGAGGGUGUAAGAGAGACAAUAGAGAGAGGGGAAGGUUCCGUGCGUUUCGUUGGAGAACUCUAACUACCGGCCGACCGUAAAGGUCGUCGUUGCGUUUCUCUCUCUCUCUCUCUCUCCCCCCUCUCUUCUUCUUGCUUCUCUUUUUCCUAUCCGUGGUCGUUUUCCAUCGAGUCGCCGCGUCCUUUAACGACGAACCAGCUGGUAGCGACCGUUAGCGACGUGCUGCUGGGAUUCAGUACGUCGUGUACUGCUCUCCACGAGGUGCACCAAGUGUUACCGGUUCAGAUUUUCCUUUCACGGAAGUACAGUAGAUAUUCGAGGUCGUUGCGAAAGAUCGUUGAAAGUGUAUCGAAACGAUAGUGGAGAAUGAACAGAAUCGGAAGAAAAUCGGAUAAAAAAAAAAACGGUUUAAGAGAGAAGAUUGAAGAGGAAAAUUGGAAUUGCAUCGAGGGAACGCGGUAAUCUUGUGGGAAAUGUGCCAUUUUCUAUCUUUCUCUGGUGGGAAGAAAAUUUAAAGGGAUCUGGGAAGAGGAUGUGGCGGGAGGGGUUAGGACUAUGUGUUGGGGCGGUGAAGGUGAGAGGGCAGUUAAAGGAUGAAAUAGAGUGGGAAGUAGGGAUGACGGGGAAAUUGAGUCUGUUUCCUUGUAUCCCGUUCGCCGAGCCCCGUGCCAUUAGUUGACCAUGAAGGCGUAUGGUUGCGUAUCUCUCUCUCCCUAUGGAGAGACCAGCUGACAGAUCCGUUCAAGUGAAACAAAUUUGGCACGUCGAUUUUUAUUUCGAGUGAACGUCCAGUGUUCGUUAUGUUGUACAUUUAAAUGUAAUUACAACGAAAAUAUAACGGUAAUCGUCGUUCGCGAAGAAAAAGGGAGACGAGCCAGGCAAAACAACAAAACGGAGAAGAAAAAAAAGAGGAACGCUUCUUAAUUGCGAGAAGAAGACGAGAUGGAUAUUUUUAACGAAUUUUUUUAUUAAUACCGGUUCCACCUGGGCACCGCAUUAAGUCCAAUUAGCCGACACAAAAGCGGAAAAAUCCUGGUCUCAACGAUCUUUUUUAUUAGUAUCGCACAAAGGAAGGAACGCAACCCCUGUCGUUUCGGUAUUUAAAGAAACAUACGUAUAUUUCGCCGAGCGAGAAAAGGAUAAAUAAGUAUUAUUUUGGGGGGGGAAAGAGGAUGACGAAGAUUUCUCGGAACGUGUGUGGGAGUAUAUAUAUCCCUGUCCGAUGGCGGGGAGUUCGCCAGGACCAGCCAGCGAAAACCACCCCUCUCACCCCUUUCCAGGAGAGAAACGAAAACAUAGAGGGAGCUAGAGUGCGACAGGUGGAGAACAAGGAUGGGAUACUAGCACAGAGGGGAGGAGGACCGAGCAUUUCGGGGUAGCGAAGAAGGAGAGAGACAGCUAGUUGUGUGACGAGCAAGAGAGCGAUAAAGAGGAGAUGGCGGUGGUGAAGAAGGGCGGCUGGUGAUCGACGGGUGAGAGGGGAAAAGUUAGAGGGUGAGAGUUGGGGCGGCGGAGUGGGGGAAUAGAGGCAGGUUCCGUGCGUUUCGUUGGAGAACUCGUACCACUGGGUGACCGUAAAGGUCGUCGUUGCUCUCUCUCUCUCUCUCUCUCUCUGCUCUGCUCUGCUCUGCUCUGUCUCUGUCUCUGUCUGUCUCUCUCCAUCGGUACAUAGAAGUCUAGCAGCUGGCAGCAACGUCAGCAACGAGGAACGGAUCAGUCCACCGUGUGCCAGCCUCGAGGUCCGUGUCUUCUUUCUCUCUCUUCUCUCCUUUCUCUCUUUCACUCUUUCUCUCUUUCUCUCCCUUCCUCUCUCUCUGUCUGGAUCCUUUGAUCAUCGUUCGCGAUGUGGAGAUUCUUGCUUCGAAUAAUACACGAUAGAUUGUCAAUAUCAUACAUGAUUUUCGAAAUCGAGUAUGUUUUAUUUAUCUUAUUAUUUCUUACUUCUCCUGUUUAUUAUUCGUUUAUUUUUCACCGUGUCACAAAUAAGUAUUUGAAGUUGUUCCCGAGAAGAAGGAUGAAACGAAAGGAAAUAUACACGAAGAAAACUCACAAGAUACCGAAGUUGUUACGUGAUUAGGAUUCGAUCACACGACGUUUGGAUGAAUGAUGGAAAGAUUGGUAUAUAUAAAGCAAGGGGAUCCGGAAAAAGAGUAUUUAAAGGAAAUCAGCUGGCAAAGUGACGGGGGCGGCCAUCGUUCACGCGAUCAUGGAAUUACAAUCGAGGAUUGACGAUUACCGUGAGUAAUUGGAGGAAGUUAAAUUCCGUAGAAAUCGCGUAGACGGGGAAAAAAUACGUUGCCCUUCCAAUCGUUGUUUUCGAAUUAAACGGCUGAUUCGUUAUUUCGUACGAUGCUUAUAAGUGUUGUACAGCUCUGCUAGAUGUUAAUCAAUUUUUUGAUCAUUAGAGGCACGUAGUGUGAAUGAUAUAUAUAUAUAUAUGUACAAAAGUAUACAUGUUUGCGUUAUUUUUAUCUCGAUGAGAUCUGUUGCAAUUUCGAUAGUCUGUUUUUUUUUUUUUUUUUUAUUAUCCGGUUAUCAUCCACUCACGUUUUUAACCUCUGGUUUUGUUUGACGUGUCUUCUGAUGUUACACAACUUGAAAAUGGGAAUUAAGUGUGUAAAUAUAAAAUGUGCCGCCGUUGAAAAUGUGACGGGUAUUUGCGUUCUAUUGUCUUCACGUUUUUGCUCCCCUUUUCCGCCUGAUCAUGCUCCUUCCUUCCCGUUUUCAUCGAUCUCGUGACGUCUCAAGAUCGUUUAAUUCUUCGUUAAUAUCAAUGUGCAGUGUUUCUCGUUGUUUCGUUAUCGUGAAAUAAUUGCUUAUCGGUGGAAUUAAUAUUGUUGGACUUUGAAUUCAUAUCAAAAAAUCCAAGAUACGCGAAAAAGAAACAUUUCAGAUGGCUUUAAGCCAAAUUUCUGCGAGGAAGUUUCGUAAAAGAAAUUAUUCGCAUUCGGUAUUGGAUAAAGUUUCUAUUUCUUCGGUGCACGCGGCAAAAUCGAAGUCACGUUUUUAGCAAAACGAUUGGCGAAUGUAGAACUUUGCACGCUUUACACGUAUCGCGUUUUUUACUUAAAAAUAAAUAACGAGAAGUAACGAGAAUAAUUGCGCGAGCUAGUCUAUCGUCGAACGUUUUACGAGCUUGUCGACCAAGCGAAUCGUGUGCAUAAUAUUGCAUACUUAAAAUGUACACUGAGUCACGUAGACGAAAGACAUUUCAUUAAUUCACGCAAAUUCGAUGUGAACAAUGAGAUACAUACAAAUUAGGCCCAUCCCUGAACAAUUUCUCGAACGAGCAUAUUGAUGGCAAAGUACCGUUCACCAACCACGAAAUAAUAACUAAAAAUCAAUGUAAUCUGUUAAGAAAUAUCGAAGAAAAAUAUUGUUCAAUUUUUGGAUAAUUGAGAAUAUUUUAUAUUUCGUGUGUAUAAAAAAUUAUUUUAUAUAUUUAGAAACAUUCGUUCGAAAAUAAUCUUUUUGAUGUUGUAAAAUUUACAUUUUUCUUAAAUCAACUUGUCCGCAAUGUUACCGUUGCGAUGCAAUUUCAUUUCGGUGGAUGUCUGUUAUUUCAUGCCUUACUACUGAAUUAUAGUGUCGUAUUACCGCCCUCUAUUCCCGGUUACGUUCCACGGUUUAUGUUUGACAUGUGUAAUCUAAGAAAAUCGUCAUUCCGAUUGAGAUCGCAAAGAAGUUCAAAAAUAUGUUUGAAAUUGCCGCGUCACGCGGACGGGUCCAUUGCAAUCAUCGUCACGAUGAUGCAGUUGAGAUCUUAUUGGUCGGUUCCCUGCAGCAAUGGCGUUAGGGAAUAUGAGGUGCCUCAUACAAGGACGAAUUAUGCAAUUGGAACGAGAUACGGUUCACCGUCACUAAUAACAAAUUAUUGUUUGAGUGCGAACGAAAAUCAGGUGACUCGGAGUGAUAUGUUGAAGUAUCUGUUCUCAUAAUGCAAUAUAACGUCGAAUGUAACUUCACGUUGGUAGUUUCAAGGACAGUUUGUUUACAAAUUGUAGAUCGUAAUUCGAGACAGACGGAUAAUUGAUCUGUAUAUGAUAUAAUUUUGUUUCCGGUAUUUUUUUUUAAUUAAACUGAUCUUAAAUUUGAAUUUCGUUAAAUUUUAUAUGGAAAAUUAGUUUAAUGUUAUUUCAAUUGAUUGAAAAGAAAAUACGUUCAAACAUGAAAUUUUUUAUAUAUUUACAAAAAGAAAAAUGCAAAAAAAAAAACAGAGAAACAAAAAUAUAAGGUUUUCCUCGGCAAUUACAUACCUACCGCAAGCUUACGUGUUCAAACUAGCCACAAGUGCACAUGUGAGAGAAAAUGCAUUCGCACACACACGUAGUUAUAUGUAUUCUCUAAUGAAUGUUCGAGCCCUCCUCGUCGCCUAUAUGGGCGAGUUUCGCGAGUGUCGGAUCGACGAUAAAUUCGUAUCGUGAAUCAAAUGCGAUUGGUUGGCUGACAGUGACGUCAAACGGCCGGUGGGCAGCCGUCAAGUGGCACGACUGCGUCGCGUUCGUCGGAGAUGUUGAGCAGGCUCCAUUGCGAGUCCGAGUCCUUCAAAAUGGACUUAAUCCUGGACAUCAACAGCUGGCUGUAUCCCAUGGAACUUGGUGAUAAAUUUCGUCUGGUUCUGGCUACGACUUUAAGAGAGGACGGUUAUCCUGAUGGAGGGGAGUGGAACGCGACAGAACAGGAAGGCGGUUCCAGAGCAGACAGUUUUGAAUAUGUGAUGUCCGGUAUGGUUUAUCGAAUCGAAGGUGAUGAAGCAAGCAAUGAACCCAGCAGUAGACUAUCUGCCUACGUAUCCUUUGGAGGAUUGCUGAUGAGGUUACAGGGUGAUGCAAACAACCUACACGGUUUCGAGAUAGAUCAACAUAUGUACUUACUCAUGAAAAAAUUAGCGUUCUAACUAUGUUACAUUUGUUAUAACUUAGUUAUAACUUUGUUAUAUGCUACAAUUAUAACUUAGAAAAUAUGUAUUUUAAAUAUACUCUUUUUUCAUGAGAAAUUAUUUUAAAUAUAAGAUAAAGAUAAUUGAACUGAUCAAAAAAAUAUUAAUGAUUGAUAUGCGUGCGCAAAAAUAUAUUGUAUGUGCAUUUGAUCUAGAACAGUAUUUAUGUAAGAAGAAUGUUUGCUAAUUAGUUGAUCAUUUCAUGAUCACAUCAUAUUUUUCAGUUCAUGAAUAUUUUAUUAAAUAUUGUCACUGCCAUUGGGAUUCUUAGAUAUAUAAAUAAAGUAUUUUUAAAAUUAAUUAUACUAUAUAAUAAAGAUAUUUUUUUCAUGUAAAAAUAA